UCAGUCAGGCAUGAACUUGCUCAGGCAAAGAAGCCUCCCGCUGCCUUUCAGAAGCACAGCCCAGGAAGGGACUCUCCGCUCUCCCCGAUGAACGCCACGGUUGCGGCAGCUGCUCUUUUCCUCUCCCUUUUCCUCUUUUCUUCAACUCAGACGGAAGGUGUCUCGCUGGCCCGGAUUGGAGGUGAGCUGCGGUGCCAGUGUGUAAACACUCAUUCCAAAUUCAUCCCUCCGAAAAACAUCCAGGAUGUGAAGCUGACCCAAAGUGGCCCCCACUGCCAGAAUGUGGAAGUCAUUGCUACUCUGAAGGACGGCAGAGAAGUGUGCUUGGAGCCCACAGCUGCCUGGGUGAAGAUCAUCAUCAAGGCCAUAUUGGACAAGGCUCAAGGCAAUGCCCAUUAAUAAAAGAAGCUUUGGAAGCGUUCUCAUUUUGCUUCACUGGAAGAAACUGAGCCAUUUCAAUCAAGUUUGCUUUUUCAAAGAAGAUUUUUUGCUGCGGUACCUGUUUCCCAGUUAUUUUACAACAGCACUCACAGAAAACAGCGUUUAUAAAUCUUCAAGAUACACGAAAAGAACUAAGACCAAAGUGGAGCUCCACUGUAGGCUUGCCAGGUCCCCUUGCCAGGUUCCUGGCAGAACGAGGGACAGACUGGCACUCCCUUGGUUUUCCUCUUCAUGCCUGCGCACUCCUGUUUGGGGCCCAAAUGGGUCCCAUGCGAAGCGUGGGAACACUCCCAGUGUGGCGUGAUGACUUCACUUUGUGUGGUUGCACUGCCCUGGCAGCACGCCCUGGAGGCCUGUUCCCCUGCCUCCGUCCCCACCACCACCGGUAGAAGGUGGGAACGGGGAUCCUCUGCCCCACCAGGGAAACGGCAUGCCUAGUCCACUGGCAGGCGAGAAGCAUUGCUCAAUGCAGUCAGCUUCAGCCGUGUUUGACUGGGAAAGCCAACUGGGAUUCUGCUCCACUGGGGCCUCAAGGACAUGCGAGUCAGAAGCACUUUGUCACCUGUGAACCACCUCUAUUUUAUUACCUGUGAACCAGGCACUAUUUUCAGUGUUACAUUUUCUAACAUUAUUUAUUUACAUGGCCAUUUCUGGAAAUAUUUUUUUGGCUGAUACAGUUUUUAAAUUAGCAGUUGAAGAAAGUAUUUAUUUAUAUUGUCAAAUAAUGGUUUGGAAUUCUCUGAACAAGAAUUCUGUAUGCAAAAAAAAAAAAAAAAGAAUCCUGAAUCCCACUUUUGUAUGUGAAAUAGGCUAUGGUUUUAUUUAUAUAUUUAUUGUCAAUGUAUUAUUCAAAGUAUUUUUCUAUACAUGCACUGAUUAAGUUAUUCUAAUAUUAAA